AUGGCUGCCAAACGCCAAAACGAUGCCGAGCCUGCAGCUCCAGAGGCCAAGAAGCCCAAGCACGGCUUCAGAGUCGGCCCUGAAAAUCUUCCCGAUGGUCCCUGGCGGCGAAAAGUCACCAAGGUCAAGAAGGAAUUGAUUCACAAAGCCAAGGUCAAGAAGGCCUACGCGAAAAUCAAGGCUCGUGAACAGCAGGCUGCUCAGGAAUCGGCCAAGAAGCCUGAGCCUGUCCCCAUUCAGGCCCCAGCGGAGGAUGUCGAGGGGGAUGCUGGCAAGCAGCCGGAGGACGAUGCCAACGCUGGCGAGGAGAAGAAGUCAGAGGAAGAAGGCGAGCAGAUGCACCCUACGCGACAUCUCAUGCUAGUAGAUGAGGCCAAAGCCCAGACCAACGCUAUCGGCGAGGAAACAAGUGAUGGCAAUAGACGACGCACGCGGCGGCCUGGAUAUUACGACAAGCAACUCCAGAAGGCAGAGGAGCGACGCAAAGAGGCCGAGGAGAGACAGCGGGAAUUUCAGCGCAGACGUGAAGAGCGGGAGCAAAAGAUUGCCCAGCGGGAGCGGUUCAAGAAGGCCAUGGCCAAGACGAGGGAUCGCGACGGCAAGAAGAAGCUUGGAAGGGAGAGCAGCAUCCUCCUCGACAAGGUCCGGAGAAUGGUUGCUGAGAAGUGA